AUGGGCACCACUUCCUUCUUGAAGAGGGCCCAGGCUCUACUCCGCAUCCGGAACCAGCUGGUGCGGGAGUGCCUGGCUGAGCUGCUGGCCGUCUUCGUGCUCAUCCUGAUCACCUUGAGCGGCUCAGCACAGAUGGUCACCAGCUCUGGGACGAAGGGGAACAUCCUCACCACCUACCUGGCAGGUGCCCUGGCCAUAAUGGUGGCUGUCUACACAGCAGGAGGAGUCUCCGGGGCUCACCUGAACCCGGCGUUCUCCCUCUCCAUGUGCCUGCUGGAGCAGUUUCCCUGGUGGAAGUUUCCAAUCUUUGUGGCCGUGCAGAUCUUGGGAGCUUUCAUCGCCGCCGGAGCCGUCUAUGCCCUCUACUAUGAUGCCAUCUGGCACUACAGCAACGGGACCCUCGCUGCCUCCGGCCCCCGGGAAACAGCCUCCAUCUUUGCCACCUACCCUGCCGACUACCUCUCCCUCACCAAUGGCUUCUUGGACCAG